AUGCAUCGACUUUUUGCUGAGCUGGAGCCAUCUGUAACCGUCACCGAGCAAAACCUGGCAGACCGAGUUCGGUAUAUCUUGCGCUCAAAUACAUUUGAUGUCACCGAACUCGAACGGCUACGACGUGAGGCUGUUCCUUCAUCGGGUGAAAAUGCUGCGGCUGAGGAUGCGGCGCCACAACUUGCUGAGCAAACGGCAAAUGUGGAUGCCGCCGUGAAUACGCCAGUUGUGGUUGAUUCAAACGAUGAUGGAACAGUCGUCCAGGAACUGGAACUAGAGCAAAUGAGGAGUACAUUGGAAGAGGCGAUUGUGGAAACGCGCAGUACGACUCUCGAAAAUCGACCGCGACUUCCCCGCUUAGCCCUAAGCAAGCGGAAUCGGGCUGUCGUGAGGGCUCUGAACCCAAUGCUGGUUACCUAUUUGGAUGCCAGCCGGGACCUUUGCGAUACGGACUCAAUUCUUUUUGGCGCCGCACUGGCAGUCUGCCGUAUUAUAGGUGCCAAACUUUCCACGGCUGGACGCGCUACUGGACAAAGUAGUGCUAUCCCAGCCUGGAGAAUAAGAAUUGAAGAACGUAUCGCAAAGGCUAGGGCCCUCAUCGGCAGACUGAUAUGCUUCAGGUCAGGCAAUACCAGGCCAAGGAUUGUGCGCACCGUCAGGAUGGCGUUUGCUGGGACAAAUGUUAGUUUGUCCCAGCCGGAUAUAAUGCAAAAACUGACGGAGCGCAUAGACGACCUGAAGCAAAGAAUAGCUGCUUGGGGAAAGCGGAUUCGGCGAUAUACCGAGAGGUCGACACGGUUCAACCAGAAUCGUCUCUUCCAGAGUGAUCAGAAGAGGCUCUAUAAAUCAUUGGAGCGACCAAUAGUAAGUGGAACGGGCCCUGCACCAAAUCAGGCCGACAUGGUCGCAUUCUGGCGCAGCCUGUGGUCAGAGCCCGUAAACCACAACGAGGGCCCUUGGACAGAAGUUGUGGCGAGUCAGUGUGCGAGUAUUACGCCCAUGGACCCUGUCAUCAUAACGCCGGAUGACGUAGCUGAGGCGGUCCGUAGGGCCCCGAACUGGAAAAAGUCCGGGGCUUGA